GGUGUCUGAUAAGCAGCUUCAUAUGGAAGGGUAUAAGAACCAUCUUAUGCCACCGCCGACAUAAGGGUGCAUUGAAAGAGUAUAGCUCCCCACCAGGUGAAUCUUUCUUGCGUCAACCAUGCUUAGAUUAAGCGCACUUUGCGCCAUUGUGGCGGUAACUGUUGCUGCAAGCUCUCAAGAAAUCCUACGCACCCAAUGGGAGGCAUUUAAAACUACCCACAAAAAAUCCUACCAGUCACACAUGGAGGAGCUCCUGAGGUUCAAGAUUUUCACGGAGAACAGCCUAAUCAUUGCCAAGCACAACGCUAAGUACGCCAAGGGUCUCGUUUCUUACAAGCUCGGAAUGAACCAGUUCGGCGAUCUGCUGGCACACGAAUUCGCCAGGAUCUUCAACGGUUACCACGGAAGCCGCAAAUCCGGUGGAUCUACCUUCCUGCCACCAGCAAACGUCAAUGACAGCAGCCUGCCAAAAGCUGUCGACUGGCGCAAAAAAGGAGCUGUCACACCCGUCAAGGACCAGGGACAGUGCGGGUCCUGCUGGGCCUUCAGCACUACUGGAUCUCUGGAGGGGCAGCAUUUCCUGAAGAACGGGGAGCUCGUUUCCCUCAGUGAACAAAACUUGGUUGACUGUUCUCAGUCCUUCGGCAACAACGGCUGUGAGGGUGGUCUCAUGGAGGACGCCUUUAAGUACAUCAAGGCAAACGAUGGUAUCGACACGGAAAAAAGCUACCCAUAUGAGGCUGUGGAUGGCGAGUGUCGUUUCAAGAAGGAAGAUGUUGGAGCAACCGACACCGGCUAUGUGGAAAUCAAGGCGGGUUCUGAGGAUGACCUGAAGAAGGCCGUUGCUACGGUCGGCCCCAUCUCUGUGGCUAUUGACGCUAGUCACUCAUCAUUCCAGCUGUAUUCCGAAGGAGUGUACGAUGAGCCCGAGUGUAGCAGUGAAGACCUGGACCACGGUGUACUCGUUGUCGGCUAUGGUGUUAAGGGUGGGAAGAAGUACUGGCUGGUCAAGAACAGCUGGGCUGAAUCCUGGGGAGACCAAGGCUACAUCCUUAUGUCCCGUGACAACAACAACCAAUGCGGCAUAGCAUCUCAGGCCAGCUACCCCCUCGUCUAACAGCUGAUUUCUCGUAGUCACGUUCUUUUGAAGAUAUCGUGAAGUGUACAUAAGUUAUUCGCCUAAAUAAAAUUUCGAGAUUUCACCACUGUAAAA